AUGACUUCAGGAGGUGGCGGUUUCUGUGACUGUGGCGACACCAAAGCAUGGAAAGAGGGUCCUUACUGUCAAAAACAUGAACUUAACACCUCUGAAAUUUAAGAAGAGGAGGAUCCACUUGUGCGUUUAUCUGAAGAUGUGAUAGCAAGAAUUUGCAACAUUUUUGCUAUUAUGUUUCGGUACACAGUAGAGAUACUAACCUGGGAGAAAGAAAAUGAAUUGCCAGCAGAUUUGGAGGUGGUAGAGAAGAGUGACACUUACUAUUGCAUGUUGUUUAAUGACGAGAUUCACACCUAUGAACAAGUUAGUUACACUCUUCAGAAAGCUGUGAACUGUACACAAAAGGAAGCCAUUGGUUUUGCAACUACAGUAGAUCGGGAUGGACAUAGGUCUGUUCGAUAUGGAGACUUCCAGUAUUGUGAACAAGCAAAAUCAGUGAUUGUGAGAAAUACCAGUAGACAGACAAAGCCACUCAAAGUUCAAGUUAUGCAUUCAUCUCUUGUUGCAGAUCAGAAUUUUGGUUUGAAGCUUUUGUCUUGGCUGGGAAGUAUCAUUGGAUACUCAGGUUCCAGGAGUGUAUAUCAUCAGUUGUUCAUGAGCAGCCUCCUUAUGGACUUGAAAUACAAGAAACUAUUUGCUGUCCGAUUUGCAAAAAAUUACCAGCAGCUGCAGAGAGAUUUUAUGGAUGAUGAUCACGAGCGAGCAGUGUUGGUGAUUGCUCUGUCUGUCCAGCUCUUCGCUGCACCAACGCUGGCUCGAGUGCUCAUCACAGAGGAAAACCUGAUGAGCAUUAUCAUUAAGACUUUCAUGGAUCAUUUGAGACAUCAAGAUGGCCAGGGCAGAUUUCAGUUUGAACGAUAUACUGCUUUACAAGCCUUCAAGUUCCGGAGAGUUCAGAGCCUUAUUUUAGACCUCAAGUACGUGUUGAUUAGCAAACCAGCUGUGUGGUCAGACAAGCCGUGGCACAAGUUCCUGGAGGGGUUUGAUGCCUUUUUGGAAUUACUGAAAUGCGUGCAAAGAAUGGAUCCAAUCACACGACAAGUAGGACAGCAUAUUGAAAUGGAGCCAGAGUGGGAAGCAGCCUUCACACUACAAGUGAAACUAACACAUGUCAUCUCCGUGAUGCAGGACUGGUGUGCUUCAGAUGAAAAAGUGUUAGUUGAAGCUUACAAGAAAUGCCUCGGUGUAUUGAUGCAAUGUCAUGGUGGUUUUACUGAUGGUGAACAGCCAAUCACUAUUUGUGGACACUCAGUGGAAACUAUCAGAUACUGUGUUUCCCAAGAAAACAUUAGCAUUCACUUCCCAGUUUCUCACUUGCUUGCAGGUUUACAUGUAUUAUUAAGCAGAAGUGAAGUGGCAUAUAAAUUUCCAGAGCUCCUACCUGUAAGUGAACUUAGUCCACCCAUGUUAAUAGAACACCCUCUGAGGUGUCUUGUUUUAUGUGCCCAAGUACACACUGGAAUGUGGAGGAGAAACGGGUUCUCACUAGUAAAUCAGAUUUAUUACUACCAUAAUGUGAAAUGCAGAUGUGAGAUGUUUGACAAGGAUAUCAUGAUGGUUCAGGUAAUGACAGGUGUCUCCAUGAUGGAUCCAAAUCAUUUCCUGAUAAUAAUGCUUAGCUGCUUUGAACUUUAUCAGAUUUUCAGUACACCAGAUUAUGGGAAAAGAUUCAGUUCCGAGAUCACCCAUAAGGAUGUUGUUCAGCAGAACAAUACUCUAAUAGAAGAAAUGCUAUACCUCAUUAUAACGCUUGUUGGUAAGCGAUUUAGUCCUGGGUUUGGACAGGUGAAUGCUACAGAUGAAAUUAAGCAGGAGAUUAUCCGUCAAUUGAGCAUCAACCCUAUGGCUCACAGUGAAUUGGUAAAGUCUUUACCUGAAGAUGAGAACAAGGAGACUGGCAUGGAGAAUGUCACUGAAACAGUUGCCCAUUUCAAGAAACCUGGAUUAAGAGGAUGAGGCAUGUACGAACUGAAACCAGAAUGUGCCAAGGAGUUCAACUUGUAUUUCUAUCGCUUCUCAAGGGCAGAGCAGUCCAAGGCAGAAGAAGCUCAAAGGAAAUUGAGAAGACAAAAUAAGAGAAGAUACAGCACUUCCACCUUGGUUUUGCCUCUUGUCUGCCAUCUCUUUGCAAGUCUGGUUAACAUUUUGCAGUCAGAUGUCACGUUGUGCAUCAUGGGAAUGAUACUGCAGUGGGCUGUAGAAUAUAAUGGAUAUGCCUGGUCAGAGUCUAUGCUGCAAAGGCAAUGGAAAUGUGUGCCUGGUAGGUUAAAUUUUUCAGACCAACCAAAUCUGACCCAGUGGAUUAGAACAAUAUCUCAGCAGAUAAAAGCAUUACAGAGUCUUAGGAAAGAAGAAAAUGCUUCCAUUCCUGCCUCUUCAGAGAAUUCAAAGAACGUGGAAGAAGUACAGCUCCUUGAAGGUUUCAGGCCUGAUUUUCAUCCUCAGAACCCUUAUUCUGAGAGCAUUAAGGAAAUGCUGACAACAUUUGGAACUGCUACCUACAAGGUGGGACUAAAAGUUCACCCCAACGAAGAGGAUCCCCGUGUGCCCAUAAUGUGCUGGGGUAGCUGUGCGUACACCAUCCAGAGCAUAGAAAGAAUUCUGAGUGAUGAAGAUAAACCAUUGUUUGGUCCUUUGCCUUAUAGACUGGAUGACUGUCUUAGGUCACUGACAAGAUUUGCAGCAGCACAUUGGACGGUGGCAUCACUUCCAGUGGUACAAAGACAUUUUUGUAAACUUUUUGCAUGUAUUAAUAUGUGUACCAUGCAUGUAAUGGAUGCUGAAACAGAAGAGAAAAGUUCCUGA